AUGUUUGCGUCUCUGCCCAACGCUGGCCGCCCGUCGGCGUUGCUCGUCCUGGGAUGCCUCGCCACCGCCCUGGCGCAGGGCUAUUCUGUUGGUACAGAUGAUGAAAUUCGCGAGUCAGCGCAGACCCUUGCGUAUGACGCGAUGCGCUUUUACGAUGGCAACAACACGGGCAAGACCCCCGGUCUCCUGCCGGGACCGCCAUCUGAGGGUCUGGGUGACUACUACUGGUACCAAGCAGCCACAAUGAUGAGCACCCUCGUUGACUAUUGGCACUUGACUGGUGACGCGACCUACAACGAUGUCGUGGCCGAGGGCUUGGCCCACCAGGCUGGAAAGGACCGCAACUACAUGCCGGCCAACCAGACUGCUACGCUCGUCAAUGACGAUCAAGGCUUCUGGGGCAUGGCCGCUAUGUUGGCUGCCGAACAUCAAUUUCCCGCUCCUGACAAUGAAGGUUGGCUGUCCUUGGCACAAGCCGUUUGGGACAUUCAGGUUGGGCGUCUCGAUGAACGGUGCGGCGGAGGGCUGGCCUGGGCCGUUUCCCCUGAACAGCUUGGCUACCAGUACAAGAAUACCGUUUCCAACGCCGUCUUUUUCAACCUGGGCGCGCGCCUCGCCCGCUACACCGAUAACAGCACCUACCUGCGCCAGGCCGAGGCGACCUGGGAUUGGCUUUGGGCUUUGGAAUACAUUGACCACAAGACCUGGCGAGCGUACGAUGGUGCGCACUCUGAGCAAAACUGUACCGAUGUGAACAAGGCCACCUUUUCCACAAACAUUGCUUUCCUGACGCAGGGGGCUGCCUUCAUCUACAACCACACCCAGGAGGAGAAGUGGCUUGAGCGUACGAACGAGCUCGUCGGGCGAUUCCUCCAGGACUUCUUCCCCGAAGACGUCGCUUACGAGGUCCCCUGCGAGGCCGCCAAGGGUCGCUGCACUGGCGACAUGAUUGCGUACAAGGGCUAUGCGCAUCGACUCCUGGCUGUUGUCACCCAGCUCGUCCCCUCUACAAGCAGGCUCAUCCUGCCCGUGCUGCAAAAGUCGGCGCAAGCCGCCGUUGAGCAGUGCACUGGUGGCGAUUCGGGACGUGCAUGCGGCUUCUACUGGUCAACCGGCGAGUACGUCGAACCGGAAGCGGAUGGCACGACUGGUGCUGGCGAGGCCCUGAACGUGCUGGCUGCCGUCUCGUCGCUGCUCAUCGACGGCGCGAGCUCUCCGGUGACCAAUGCUACGGGAACCUCGACCGAAGAUAGUGGCAGCGACAGCGAGGCGCACACGAACAACGAUCCAGCGACAUCGACGAACAGCUCAGGUGCCGCCACCUUUGGCCCUGCAAUGCUCGCUAGCGGAAUGGGUACCCUUCUCUGGAUGUUCCUGUAA